AUGGCGGCUAAAAUUCAAAAAGACUAUCGCAAGAUGCAGGUGACAACCGAAAUGUUUGGGAGCCUAAGUUGUGCCUUUGCCUUUACGGGCACAUCAAACAAAAGAUUGGGCUUCAGUCCAAGGCACCUCAAAGUAUGCGAAUACAUAUCGUGCUCUAUACGGGCUAACGCAAUCUAUAUCGCGAUAUUUUCUACCAGCCAACCGGACGUAAGUCGUGCAGUUGACCCAACACCGCUAAAAAUGCUGGGUCACCUUCUGUUUCAAUGA